GCUGUGUCUCCUCCCUUCACAGGUGUGUAAGUGUAAGAACCAGUGAACAACAAGCUGUGAACUGUGGGAGCUGAGUCACUGCAGGGAGUGAACGCGAGAGGGAGGAGCAGAGACCUGUUUCUGUUCAGAGGAAGUGAAACUGUUCUACAGUCACUGGCAGCAGCUGAAAUGGCGCAGCAAGAAAAUCAACUGGACAGAGAUAGAUUCUGCUGUUCGAUCUGUCUGGAUCCACUGAAGGAUCCGGUGACUACUGGCUGUGGACACAGCUACUGUAAGAGCUGUAUUAACACCCACUGGGACAAAGGGGAUUUGAGAGGAAUCUACAGCUGUCCUCAGUGUAGACAGACCUUCACACCAAGGCCUGUCCUGGUGAAAAGCACCGUGUUAGCUGAUUUAGUGGAGGAGCUGAAGAAGACUGGACUCCAAGCUGCUCCUGCUGAUCACUGCAAUGCUGGACCUGAAGAUGUGGCCUGUGAUGUCUGCAAUGGGAGAAAACUGAAAGCUCUCAAGUCCUGUUUGGUUUGUUUGGCCUCUUAUUGUGAAAAACACCUCCAGCCUCAUCUUCAGUCAGCUCCAUUGAAGAAGCACAAGCUGGUGGAGCCCUCGGAGAAGCUCCAGGAGAACAUCUGCUCUCGUCACGACGAGGUGAUAAAGAUGUUCUGCCGCACUGAUCAGCAGUGUUUCUGUUAUAUCUGCUCUGUGGAUGAACAUAAAGGCCACGACACAGUUACAGCUGCAGUAGAAAGGACUGAGAGGCAGAGAGAGCUCAGGCUGAGGAGACAAACAAUCCAGCAGAGAGUCCAGGACACAGAGAAAGACGUGAAGCUGCUUCAACAGGAGGAGAAGGACGUCAAUGGCUCUGCUAAUAAAGCAGUGGAGAACAGUGAGGAGAUCUUCACUGAGCUGAUCCGUCUGCUGGAGAAAAGAAGCUCUGAUGUGAAGCAGCAGAUCAGAUCCCAGCAGGAAACUGAAGUGAGUCGAGUCAGAGAGCUUCAGGAGAGACUGGAGCAGGAGAUCACUGAGCUGAAGAGGAAAGACCAUGAACUGAAGCAGCUCUCAGACACAGAGGAUCACAACCAGUUUCUACACAACUACCCCUCACUGUCCCCACUCAGUGAAUCUACACACUCAUCCAGCAUCAGGAUCCGUCCUCUGAGGAACUUUGAGGACGUGAAAGCAGCUGUGUCACAGGUCAGAGGUCAACUACAGGACAUUCUGAGUGAGACAGAGACAAAGAUUUUACAGAUUGGGUCUCAAGUUUUACUGCCACAACCAGAGAUGAAGAACAGAUUCAACUUCUUAAAAUAUUCACAGGAAAUCACACUUGAUCCAAACACAGUAAACUAAGAUCUGUUAUUAUCUGAGGUAAACAGAAAAGUAAGAUGGACAAGGGAAGAUCAGUCUUAUUCUAAUCACCCAGACAGAUUCACUGAUAGGCCUCAGGUCCUGAGUAGACAGAGUCUGACUGGACGUUGUUACUGGGAGGUGAAGAUGAGGAGAGUAGGAGUUGAUGUAGCAGUCACAUACAAGAAUAUCAGCAGAGGAGGACACUUAGGUGAAUUUGGAUUAAAUGAUAAAUCUUGGUCGUUAUUUUGUAAUGCAAACAGUUAUGUCUUUCAAUACAACAGCAUUGAGCAUUCCACAGAGUCCAGACCACAUUCACUCAGCCUCUCUAUGCUGGAGUUGGGGUUUAUCAUGCAUCCACAGCUGAGUUCUGUAAACUCAAAUAGACUCGAGUCAUUAAAAGCAGUGAUUUAGACUCGGUGUGUAAAUCUUUAACUUCUUGUGUCUCCAUGUUUGUUGAUCAAAGUUCGUCUUGGUGACGUUUCUGCUCUGCACAGAGAUCAGCUGUCUAUCAAACACUGACCUUCCUUUAUCACACAUAUUUAGUUCUCACUUUGUAAAGACAGAAAUCUAUAAUUACACUGACAUGAAUGUGUUUAAAAUAACUAAUGUUGCUGUUGUUUUCUAAAUCAAUGUAGAAAUCAGGUUGUGUGAUGUUUUAGAACCCGUGUUGAUCCUGAUCCUCAUCAAUGAGCGGAUUAUUUAUAAUUUUCUUUUCCACAUGUGAGAUGGAGGUGAAACAAACUGACUGUGUGUCUAUGAAAUCACUGAACAGACUUUACUGGUGUAAUCAGUUCAUCUUUGAGUCCGAGUGAAGAUUUGUGACAAUUUUGAAGAAAGUCCCCGGAGGCGGAAAAGAUAUCGUGUUCCCAAGAAUAUGACGCGCAGACGGACAAACUGAAGACAAACUUCCACUGGCCACUAGGUGUCUAACAUUAAAACUAUAAGAAAAUGUUGUGACAUUAUUGUCGGAGGAGAAAAAAACCUGCUGCUCCAAAAUCAUCUGGAAUUUCUCACAGGUCAAAACUAUUCAUCAGUUAAAGAGUGUUUAAAGUUGAUCUGUUAAUAUAAAACAUACCUAUAUAAACUUUAGAGCUUUUUUUUUAUUGUUUUGAUAUUUGUUUUUAUUAUGUGUUAAUGUUAUCAGAGAAAAAUACACAUGUAACUUAAUUCUGUGGAAAAUAAUAAAACCUUCAUGAAGUCGUCA